GACUAUUUUGGCUAGGGAUAUAUGUAUUGCUGAUAACCGAUGUUUGUCUCUCAGCUUCUCUUCUGUAAAGAUGCUGAAUGCUAGAUCAAAUGUUGAGUAGAAGCUUUACAAAAAUGAAGGCUUAAUUUUGGAUGAUGCUAACAUGAAAUAGAUAUAAAAAAUUUUUCUGAACUUCAUUGAAAUUAAUAAAUUGUAUGAAUGUUGCUUCACAAACCAACUGUAGUUUACUUCACUAUCUGAUGAGGCUAGUCAUCAUUUUGACAAUUAAAUCUGUUACUGGUUACAUGAUUGUAAAGGAAGUGGUGUCAACGCGUAGAUACAAGAGACAAUUAUUUAUUAAGUGAGAUACCAUUUAUUCACUACUGAUGAAAAACUAACAAGAUUGAAACUUUAUGGUUUUGUUGUAUUGUGCUGGUGUGUCUUUACUUAUCUCUUUUUUUCCUCAUUUUCAUGUUAGCAGCUUCUGACUGCAAUUCUAAAAAUUACUUAUCUGGCCGCUGUGGAGGAACCAAAGUUGGUGCUCUCGUUGGAGGACUUAUUGCUGGAGCUUCCAUUGUGACUGUUCUGGCUCUUAUAUGUUACUGCAUCCGAAGGCGAUCUCCUUCUUUUAGAAACCAGCUCAAUGCUAAGCGCCUUCUGUUUCAAGCUGCUGGCAACUCUAGUGUACCGUUUUACCCAUACAAAGAAAUAGAAAGAGCCACCUGUUAUUUCUCUGAGAAACAAAGACUGGGAACUGGUGCCUAUGGUACAGUUUAUGCAGGAAAACUCCACAAUGAUGAAUGGGUUGCUAUAAAAAGGUUUAGAUAUAGAGACACUGACAGCAUUGACCAAGUCAUGAAUGAGAUUAAGCUUCUAUCCUCUGUGAGCCACCCAAAUCUAGUUCGCCUGUUAGGUUGCUGCAUACAGGAAGGUGAACCGAUCCUUGUUUAUGAAUUUAUGCCCAACGGAACUCUAAGUCAGCAUCUGCAAAGAGAGAGAGGCAGUGGACUUCCAUGGACAAUACGGCUUACUAUUGCCACUGAGACUGCUCGGGCUAUUGCCUAUCUCCACUCUGUCAUGAAUCCACCAAUAUAUCACCGAGACAUCAAAUCCAGCAAUAUACUCUUGGAUUUCAACUUUAAGUCUAAGGUAGCGGAUUUCGGUCUUUCUAGACUUGGCAUGACUGAGUCAUCCCACAUUUCAACUGCCCCACAAGGGACUCCAGGCUAUCUUGAUCCUCAAUACCAUCAAUAUUUCCAUCUUUCUGAUAAAAGUGAUGUUUACAGUUUCGGGGUAGUUCUAGUAGAGAUUAUAACUGCAUUGAAGGUGGUUGACUUUUCUCGCCCUCAUAGUGAAGUGAAUUUGGCUGCACUAGCUAUUGACAGGAUUGGGAGAGGUUGUGUGGAUGAGAUAAUAGAUCCAUACCUUGAACCAAAUAGGGAUGCUUGGACACUCUCAUCCAUUCACAAUGUGGCAGAGCUAGCAUUUAGAUGCCUUGCUUUUCAUAGAGACAUGAGGCCCACUAUGACGGAAGUGGCAGAAGAGCUAGAACACAUCAGGGUCAGUUCAUGGGCUUCAAAUAUUUUUAUGGCAUCUCCACAAGCUUCAUGUUGUUCAUCAUCAGACUUUGGUAGCGAGAGAUCACUAGGUAGUAGUAUGAUGAUUAAGAAGGCAGCAGCGAGGAGUCAGAGAUUAAUUGUUCCUGCUAAGGCUGUUGAUUGUCUGGCUACAUUGGAUGAGGUAAAGGAUAGCUCCCCUGUAUCUGUGCAGGAUCCUUGGUUAAGCGAACAGAGUUCACCUUCAACAAACAGCUUGCUGGGUAAUGUAGUUCAGUGACAUGAAAGUUAUUUCUUAAACUUUUGUGAAUACUAUUGGAGUUUACUACAUAUCUUGUAGUUAUGGCUAUUCUCUAUCUCUUGGAUGCUUGAUCUAUUCUCUGUUUGCAGUUCCUCUAAGAGAAUAGUCAGAUUAUCGGAAGUGGAAGAAUGUAGGAGCCAUCACUACACUGAUUAUAAGUAUAUAUUUAUAGAUAUAUCUAAAGCCAGAUUCUAAAAUGGUCUGGUGUUUGUAUGUUUGUGUGAAAGUGUAAGGAUAGAACCAAUCUCAAAGCUGUAUCCCGUUUCUCUUACGGUUUUUAGUUUUUAAUUCAUUAGUAAAGUUUGUUGGCGAUUAAUUUAUAAUAGUGAAUGAACAUAGUUCAUAUUGUAUA